UGCGUCCAGUACCGCGCUUACGAUGGUCGAUCGCGGCGAGGUGGCGAUGUCGCGUGUGCCAAUUUUGGUGAUUCUUGGCGCCACCGGAUGUGGAAAAUCGCGGCUGGGCAUCGAGCUGGCGCGCCGUUUUUCCGGGGAGAUCAUCUCGGCCGACAGUAUGCAGGUGUACAAAGGCCUGGACAUCGUUACCGCGAAGGUAACCCCAGCGGAAAGACAGGCGGCGCCGCAUCAUAUGCUUGACGUCAUGGAUCCGCUGACCAACUUCUCCGUAAUCGACUUCAGGGACAUGGUCCUACCGAUCAUAGACAACCUGCUGGCCAGGAGGAAACUGCCGAUCGUCGUCGGUGGUACAAACUAUUACAUAGAAUCUCUGCUAUGGGAGAUCCUUAUAACUGAUCCAAAAGAACCGUCGGUGCAAGUCGAUUCAACCGCGACCAAUCCGAGCGCGUCGAUCAAGAAGAGAUCGGACGAUCGAUAUAACGUACAAGUCGAUCGAUUGAACGAUGGCGACGAUGACGAUGAUGAGACGGCGCCGAAGAAGUUGAAAUUCGACGCGAGAUUAUGCGACAGCAGCAACGAGGAGCUUCAUCGAAGACUGAUGGAGAUCGAUCCGGAGAUGGCGUGCAAAUUGCAUCCCAACAACAGGCGAAAAGUCAUAAGAUCUUUGGAGAUCUUCCACCAACACGGGAAAACGCAUUCCGAGCUUUUAAAAGUCCAGCGUACCGCCGGUGGCUGCGGAUUAGGGGGACCCUUGAGAUACCCGAACUCUAUUAUCCUAUGGCUUCGCUGCAAUAAGAAGGUCCUCGACAACAGACUGAAUGACAGGGUCGACGGCAUGUUAGAGACCGGGCUGAUACAGGAACUACUCGACUUUCAUCGCAGAUACAACGAACAGCGGAUUAAGUCCAACACGUCACCCGAUUACACGAAAGGCAUCUUCCAGAGCAUCGGCUUCAAGGAGUUUCACGCUUACCUCAUACUGUCCGAGAAGGAGCGUGCGAGCGAGAAGGGAAAAAAAUUAUUACAACAAGGAAUCGAUGAUUUAAAACUCGUCACUGGGAGAUAUGCAAAGAGACAAGAUAAAUGGGUGAUGAACAGACUGAUUCGACGUGGUGAUCGGCAGGUUCCUCCUGUUUAUUCUUUAGAUUGUACCGACGUGACAAAUUGGGACAACCGCGUCUUAGAACCUGCGACAGCGAUUAUUUCCGCGAUAUUGCGAGGUGAAAAGCCGGAACAGCGACCAUUGAACGAGAAUUUCGAGAACCAAAAGAAUACCGAUAGUAGUACAAAUAUAUAUAACUAUUGCAAGGUAUGUGAGAGAGUAUUUAUUGAAGAGAAUCAAUGGCAAGCCCACUUGAAAGGCGGAAAACAUAUGAAAGCUUUGAAAAAGAAGAAAAAACUUGCUGAGGAUACACAAUUCCAGGAAUUGACUAGCUCGUGACGAAUAUCAGUGUUGCUGUAAUGAUUGCACGAACAUUUAUUCUUGUUUAUAUCAACUCAUUAAAACUGUGAUUAUCUGCAUUGUAUUUUAUUAAAAUAUGUAAAUAGUUUGUAAAAAUAAU